AUGUUAGGCCGUGGUGCGACGAUAAAGUUGCUUCGUUACUCGACCCAGGCGCAUAAAGCGGCUUUGAUAGAUGGUACCGAUGCCCUCGAGGAACGCUUACGGUCAAAUGAGUUGUUGAAGAAUUUGAAAUGCAAGUACCAAGAUAAUCAAUUUCAAGUGGUAGAAGAUGGUGAUGAGGGUUCCCAGCAUUUAAAUUGUGAUAAAUCAUUACCAAUGACUGUAUUUCCCAAGCAAGAGAUAUUCGACAAAGUGAUGAGGGAUAAUAAGGUAAGUCAAUGGAGAAAACCUCUGACACAAUGGUUUCGUCUUGGAGUGCAUAUGAUGAAAUACUACAAAGAUGGACUUCGAGAUACUUAUCGAGUGGCAAAGGAUACUAGAAAUUUAGUUGAGAAAUGCGAACUGGAUCCCAAGACACCAUUAGUAACUCAACUGUGCAAAUUGAUCGAGUUUAACGAGAUCGCCACACGUCAGAAAAAAGACGCGACUGCUCUGCCUUUGACCAGGAAGCAGUCUGUAAUGUAUCAUAGACGUGCUCAGGUUUGGAAGUUACCAACAUUUUUCAUACUAGCCUUGAUCUUUGAAGAGUUUACAGCAGUGGUGUGCUAUGUAUUCCCAAAGUUAGCACCCCACAACUGCCUUACUCCUGGUGCAUAUCAGAAAGUUUGCCGAACACACACUAAUGACGUGACUUCGUGGAAUCCUAUAAAAUAUCAAUCGCCUUACACCAUUUCCAAAAGCUCGUUAUUUCACAUACUAAGACGCACGCCUGUGGCUCAUAUAUCUAAAUGGAAGCUGAAGAUUUACGAUACGAUGAACAUCAGAAAAAAUCCGUCCGAAACAUUGAUGCGUAUUCAUCAGUAUUUAUUCAUUGACGACUGGUUUCUAUUGAAAGAUAUCAUGGAUGACAAUCCGACUCUGCUAAGUCGAAAAGAACUAGUCAAUUGCAUAUUUGAGAGACAGCUAUUCUCAGCAGAUGAAGAUUUGAAUAAGAUGGUUAAUGAGGAAGAGGGAAGACGCUUGUUAAUUUGGAGAUUAUUUGCAUAUUGGUCUUUUAGGUUCGAUGGUACAGUUACUGUUGGCGGUGGCCAACUCUUCGUCGAGAAAUGGGGUGUCAAUAAUGUGGCGAUAUUGAAUUAUAGUGGCCUUGUUGGUAAUAAGCAAUUGGACAAAAAAAUCUAUCAGUCUUGGAGAAGUAACCUGUGA